GCCGAGCGUGGCUUGGAACCGGCUCGUCCCUGUCCCCUCGCUAUGCUGCGGUCCCGCACGGGCGACCCGCCUGGGAGCUGCCGACCCGGAAAAGCCCCACGUUCAGUCUUUCCCAAGGGCAAUGUGCCGCCUUCCUGCCCUCCUCUACGGGCCUCGCACCUCUCGGGGCCGAUCUGCCCAACAUCCAAACCCCAUCCCACCCGGCUCCCACCUUCAGCAGUUUAGAGCGCCUCACAUGCCGCCCGCCACCGGGCGUGGGAUUGCGUAACCAGAAAGCUCGCGUGUGUGUUGUUUUGCUCAUCUGUGCAGUGGGUAUGAUUUUUUUUCCGCCAGCAAGUUCUAGGUUCUCAUUUUCACCAUGGCCAUCACUCAGUUUCGGUUAUUUAAAGUUUGUACCUGCCUAGCAACAGUGUUCUCGUUCUUAAAGAGAUUAAUAUGCAGAUCUGGCAGAGGAAGGAAGUUAAGUGGAGAUCAAAUAACUUUGCCCACUACAGUUGAUUAUUCGUCUGUCCCUAAGCAGACAGAUGUGGAGGAGUGGACUUCGUGGGAUGAAGAUGCACCCACCAGUGUGAAGAUCGAAGGAGGGAAUGGGAAUGUGGCUCCUCAGCAGAACUCUUUGGAACAAUUGGAACCUGACUACUUCAAGGACAUGACACCAACUAUACGGAAAACUCAGAAAAUUGUCAUUAAGAAGAGAGAACCAUUGAAUUUUGGUGUCCCAGAUGGUAGCACGGGUUUUUCCAGUAGAUUGGCAGCUACACAAGACAUGCCUUUUAUUCAUCAAUCUUCAGAAUUAGGUGACUUAGAUACAUGGCAAGAAAAUACCAAUGCGUGGGAAGAGGAAGAAGAUGCAGCCUGGCAAGCAGAAGAAGUUCUGAGGCAGCAGAAAAUUGCAGACAGAGAGAAGAGAGCAGCAGAACAACAAAGGAAGAAAAUGGAGAAGGAAGCGCAACGCCUGAUGAAGAAGGAGCAAAACAAAAUCGGUGUGAAGCUUUCCUAACACAGGCUUUGCUGUGACCGUNCCAGUAGGAGAAGUCUGGGCCCACAGCCUACACACAAGCAUUUGUAUGGACUGGACAGUAUUUUCAGAAUACAAAUACUCUGCUUGAUCUUAAUGUGUUUAUUGAGCUAUUCAGGACACCAGGAUUCUCCCAUAAUACCUUGAACUAUUAGUAAUCAAGACUCAAAACACAAAAAUAAUGAGACAAUUAUUUUCUUCAAUGUGUUCCAAAUAUAAGACAAUUGUUUGCUGUAGAGAAGUUAUUUCAGGAGGAAUAUACCUGACAAGUACCUCUCAAGCUAGUGUUUCUAGCUGAAUGAAUGGCUGUAAAUAAUUGUAUGGUGGGAAACUACUCUGCUAUCUAUUAUGCUUUUGUUCAUCGUGCAUAAUUAUAAAAUAAUUUUAAUAAUCUUUUGUUUCCAUGAUCACUUGAUGUAAAUUAGGCAAACUGUAGGUAGGGCUUUAUACCCUUCUUAAUUUUGUUUUCAGGUACUGUUGACAUACAUUUUCUAUAAUUUGAACUGGCAUUGUUUGGUACAACAUUAAGGAAUAUGAUAAUUUGGGUUUUUAAGAAAAUAACAUUAAAUGCAAUAAUUUUAUUUAUCAAA